AGCCUUUACACUCUGUCCUUCGCACAUUUGGAUCCCACAACACACUCCAACCCGCUGCUACGGAGAAUUUUAUGUUUUAAAUUCAGUUUUUAAAUUUUCAACUGAACGUUUAAAUCCAGUGUUCAUAAACUACAGGACCAGAGUCUUUAUGGGUACACGGAGCUCUUUUAUAGUCAUAUCUUACCGAUGUUAAAGCUAAUUUUCUCGUAAAGGUGUUUUUUUUUUUUUUAAAACAGAGCUCAGUUUCUAUAUGUUUUCGUUUAUUUCUGAAGAAGAAAUAGCCUACUGAUCGGAUCUUAGCCCUGAGGAUUCAAGUAAUAGCAUGAUUCUUUGUUUACCAGGUCCCAGAGCUCCUCUGCCCGCAGCUCCAUCCACUGAAGCCCCACGGGGCAUGCGGGAAGGAACUGUACCUCCUACUCCUUGCCUUCAAAGCACCCCUCCGCUAUGGGACCCUACAAAGGACCUGCGGGCGAUUGCCAGCAACUUCUGCUAUCUGGAAAAUUCAGAAUGGUACUGGGGAGCUGUAACUGCAGCACAGGCCCAUGCUGCACUUCAAGAGGCAUCUGAAGGAGCUUUUUUGGUACGAGACAGCAGCCACCCUCUGUACAUGCUGACCCUCUCGGUCAGGACUGCACGCGGUCCCACCAGUAUACGGAUCCAGUACAACGGCGCACAGUUUUUGCUUGACUCCAGCUCCCCGGCCCGGCCCAGCCUGUCGUCCUUCCCCAACGUGCCCAGCCUGGUGCAGCACUACAUGGGACCAGAGAGGAAAGCAGAGGAGGGUAAGGUGGUGGAGGAGGCCCCUUCAAAACCCUCUCAGCAGACAAUUCAGGAGACAUCUGUGGUGUUAAAACUGAAGCGGCCUGUGUACAAGCCCCAGGGCCUCCCCUCCUUACAGCACCUCACACGCCUGGUCAUUAACAGGCACUCUGACUGCCCCGACCAGCUACCACUCCCGAGGCCUCUGCUGCGUUACAUACAGAAUUAUCCCUUCAAGGUAUGAGGGGUCUCUCAAGUCCAUCAGUACUUACAGACUUAAAGGAAAAAAAACUGUCAAACAGGUUCUUUGUGCCUGUAAAUGACAUGGCUGCUCCAGCAGUUGGAGGCCAG